UAUCAAAAAAAUAUCUAUCUAGUAAAAUCUCUAAACUUUUCAUGGCCCUUCUCGUGCCUUCGGCGGAAUCCUCCCCAGUCUUCCGCCGUCGCCGUCUUGAGCUUCUGUCCAAGCGUCCCUUCAGCACAAUCUCGAAGAGUGUUCGAUUCCACAGGAUUCUUACAACCGAUGCUAGAUUGAAGUUACCGAUUGGUGCUUCUUUAAGACUUCAAGAUUUACAAGUCAGGGAUUCAGGUUCGGGGAAUGAAAUAGCCGAUUAUGUGCAAUUCUCUGCUCCGAUAAAUCCCAGUGUGAUUUCCCCCACAAAGCAGAAGGAGGAGGAAGAAGAGAGACAGAAUUACUACGUAAAUACUGGGUAUGCGAUACGAACUUUGCGUGAAGAAUGUCCCCAGCUGUUCUAC